UGCUUCUUGAUGCAGCUCGCUGAGACGCUGUAGGACGACCGGAUAACGGGAUCCGAGAAGGGGGACAGGAGCAAAACGCGUCAGUCUGACAGACAUAGACGGGGUGCUAUUGUAUAACACGGGCCUUCAGUUUUUUUCACUCCAGGCUGCUGUUGCCAGGAGGAGCGGAACCUUUCUUUUAUUUUUCUAUUUUCUUCUUCUCUCACCUCGGAGGUAGAGACGGAGCGGAGCUCGGUGUUGCAGCAUCGGCCGCUGGCGGAGGACCUGCACAUGUCGGCGCGGUGAGGGACCGUUUGUUUCCCCGCCCUGAUACGGUUGGAGGACGGCAGGAGGAAGAGGUUGUGUGGAAGGGGUAUAAACCGCGACGAGAACAACAUUAUCCACCUCUGUAAGAGAAAAUCAAAAUAAGCAGGUGCGGCCGUUUUAACGGUCGAAAGAGGAUCCGUUAAAAACGAGCGAGAAGGACAACAGUGAUGCGGCAGCCGAGGUGGGCCCAGAUUGAUGAUUUUAUUAUAUCAUCCACCGCCAGGACCGAUCACUGAUUGUAUUGAUAAGGAGCAUCAUCGAGGAGAAUAAGCGAGGCCCUAUAAACUGACCCAGGAGGAGGUUAAUCGGUGCUUGACUGCAGUACUUUCUUAACAUAAGGAGCUGUGUGAUCAAUUAUAGAAAUAAAUAUCCAAAUUUAGGCCGAUGACUUAGUGUGUGUGUGACGCCAAUACAGCAGCAGAGAGGCGUGUGUGUGUGUGAGGAGACGCGCCUGUCUGAGCAUCAUCUGGUAGCUGCACGGGCUACUCCUCCACGGGGAUGAUACACAAGCGAUUUUUCAUCUGUGCGUGAAAAACAGAAGAUUCAGGGAUGCUGCUGAUGCUGAUGCUGCUGCCAUUUCCAGUCCGGCUCUGAUAGAGACAGCGAGGCGCACAGCACGGGACUGGACAUCCAGAAAAUAUCUCUCCUCACCUCUCCUCCGCCUCUGCACCUUCUCCCCCCUUUAUCUCUCACCCCUCUCCUCCUCCCUCCUCUUCCUCCUCCUCCUCCUCCUCCUCCUCCUCCACCACCACCUCCACGCCGGAGCGUCUAUUCAUUCUGAUCAGUUGAUAAUUUGUGAUUCAGAAAGCCACCCACUCCUCCAUCCUCUCCUCCAUUCACCCAUACAUCCUCUCAAGCACCUCUUUACGCACUCACACGCGCAAAGGCACGCACGCACCACCGCAUCACCCGCGCCAUCCACAGCCAUCAUGGAGACGACCAAGCUGCCUCCGUCCAGCCCGUCCUCGCCGACCACCAGCUUCUCGGUGCCGUCCGCGGAGAAGGUGGACGGCUUCCCGCGGAGGUCGAUGCGCAGAGCCCGGCAGAGGAGGUCCCACAGCUCGUCCCAGUUCCGCUACCAGAGCUCCCAGGUGGAGCUCACCCCACUGCCCCCGCUCAAAGAUGCCCCGGUGGCAGAGUUACAUGACCUGUUCUGUAAGAAGCUGCAGCAGUGCUGCGUGCUGUUUGAUUUCCUGGACUGCGUGGCUGACCUGAAGGGGAAGGAGAUCAAACGUGCGGCGCUCAACGAGCUGGUGGAGAGCGUGGCCACUAGCAGAGGAGUCCUCAUAGAGCCUCUGUACCCAGAGGCUAUAAAGAUGAUCUCUGUAAAUAUCUUCCGGACUCUCCCACCCAGCGAGAAUCCAGAGUUUGACCCUGAGGAAGAUGAGCCGACGCUCGAAGCCUCCUGGCCGCAUCUGCAGCUGGUGUACGAGUUCUUUCUGCGUUUCCUGGAGAGCCCGGACUUCCAGCCCUCCAUGGCCAAACGCUACGUUGACCAGAAGUUUGUCCUGCAGCUCCUGGAGCUGUUUGACAGCGAGGACCCCAGGGAGAGGGAGUAUCUAAAGACCAUCCUGCACCGUGUCUAUGGAAAACUACUGGGCCUCCGAGCCUACAUCCGCAAACAGAUCAACAACAUCUUCCUCAGGUUCAUAUAUGAAACUGAGCACUUCAACGGAGUCGCGGAGCUUCUGGAAAUCCUCGGCAGCAUCAUAAAUGGCUUCGCACUGCCCCUGAAGGCUGAACACAAGCAGUUCCUGGUUCGGGUUCUCAUCCCGCUACACACGGCAAAGUCCCUUUCCAUCUUCCACGCACAGCUGGCCUACUGUGUGGUGCAGUUUAUGGAGAAAGAUGCUACAGUGACUGAAUAUAUCAUCAGAGGGCUGCUCAAGUACUGGCCAAAAACCUGCACGCAGAAAGAGGUGAUGUUCCUGGGGGAGAUUGAGGAGAUCCUUGAUGUGAUCGAGCCGUCUCAGUUCAUCCGGGUGCAGGAGCCGCUCUUCAAACAGAUCGCAGCCUGUAUCUCCAGCCCUCACUUCCAGGUAGCGGAGCGGGCUCUUUACUUCUGGAACAACGAAUACAUCCUCAGUCUGAUAGAGGAGAACUGUCAAGUCAUCCUGCCGCUGGUAUUCGCCACCCUCUACAGAGUCUCCAAGGAGCACUGGAACCAGACCAUCGUGUCUCUGAUCUACAACGUGUUGAAGACCUUCAUGGAGAUGAACAGCAAGUUGUUUGAUGACCUCACUGCCUCCUACAAAGUGGAGAAACAGAAGGAGCUGAAGCGAGACAGGGAGCGUGCAGACCUCUGGCGAGGCCUGGAGGAGCACCAGGAGCGCCGGAUGCAGAUGCUCACUGAGGCCGCCAGGAACCAGCGCAACCUCCAGGAGCGAGGCGAGAGAGGGGACCCGCCGACCCCUUCGUCCCCGCAGACGGCUCACUCCGACCAGCCCGAGCCCAAGCCCAGCGGGGCCUCCUCUUCCUCCUCUGGAGCCGGGGAGAGCGCCACCUAGGUGCUGCUCCACAGAGAUUGGAUAACAGGGGGGGUUAGGGGGCAGAGAGAAGACAUGAGGUUGAUGGUGAAAGUGUUGGGAGAGCUCAGACAGAAAAGGUACAAAACAAAUCCACUGUUUCUCUUUUUAUCUUGUAUCAUCGAGGGAGUGGCUUUUUGUGAAAAAGCGCACAAAACUCAGUGAUCCGAGGUAAAGACCUUUUUUCUGACAGAAUUGUGUGAAACUGGUUCACUUUUUGCUGUACACACAUACAUUAUGUUGCAGAUCAGAAGAUGAAUAUUGUCCGAAAGUGCAGACUGUCAUUUUAAUUAACGGCUGGUUUAUUAAACUGCAGGUCAGUACCCAAAAUUGGUAGCUGGCCUGCUUCAAAUCAGCCUCAAAAUAAGAGAUGAAAUUUCUCUUUUGGUGCAACACUUACCAAGUUUAACAUGCGUGUAACUUGUCUUGAUAUUUAACCAACCGAGUCAGCGUCUGUACUGUGGCCUCGUAUUGAUCUUUUGGUCAGAGAUGCUUAUUUCAUGCGUGGAUAGCACAAUACAUUAAUAAACAAAAGAAGCAAUUUCACACAAAUGUCCCAAAACUAUUGCCGCACAGACCAGACACACAAGCCCUCACGUACACACAGAUGCAGGUACAUAUUUACUGUAAAUAUGAGAUGAAAGAGCUACAGAGAGAAAGUGUAUCCAGGUCAAACUAAUCUCACACACCAACAAUAGACACACACUCACAUACAUACAUACAGACUCACACACACACACACACACACACACACACACACACACACACACACACACACACACACACACACACACACACACACACACACACAGACAGCUGGUUCUGGCGCUAACUCCUCUCCCAUUUUGUCGGGUUCCACCAAAGGACGAGCCUAAAGUCCCUCAAGGUUAAAUAACCACUGAUGAAGAUGAUGAUAAUGAUAUAAAGUACAAUACUGUUCCUUCUUCUUACUUGUUACUCUACUACUACUACUCUACUCUAAGUACUACUGAUGAUGAUGAUGAUGAUGAUGAUGAUAAUGUUUUUAUAUAUAUACAUAUGUCUCUGGAUAUUUCUGUAGUGUAUUAUGGGAGAAACACUAGUGUAGCAGAUACCAUAAAGGGGAAGGCCGGCUUGAAUUCUGAAUUCACAUCACAUGUUAACUGUAUGAGGCCAUAAUGUGAGCGCUGAAAUUCAGCGGAAUUCCCCUUUAACAGACCUUAAAGAGGGGAGGAAUGAACUGGAUUGGCAGUGGCUGUUUUUCUUUUCUUUUGAAAUUUUGGAUGUUUGCGGUGCGGUGGGUGUAUUUUAAAGGGGUAUUUCUUAAAAUACAAAAACAUUCCAUGUUUAAAGACCAUUACUAUGUUAUUUUUGGUUUCUUUAAAGGUGCUCUGUGGAGAAACAAAGUUGUUUACAUUCAGUGUUACUCAUCAAAACGAAUUGUGUGUAUCCUUGAGGCUUGACAAAUGUGCUGAAUGCAUUUCCCUCCUCGUAAAACAUUUGCAAAGCCAAUUUUUAAAAUAUUUUAACUCUUGCAUUGUUUACAUCCAUGUUUACUUGCUAGCAGUCUUCUUCUUCCCUGCCUUUGUUGGCGUAUUGCUGCGUUUCUUUGCACAUUACAUCAGUGGAAUAUCAUGAAACUGGUGGCAUGAUGUGAAUCAUAUUGCAUGUGCAUCUUCAUGCGUGAUACAAACAUAAUGGGGACCCCUUCAUAAAAACAUUGCUUUAUAACGCUACUAGUGGUGAAAAACUCCACAGGGUACCUUUCAUUUUGACGUUGCGUGACACGAUGAUUUUUUGGUUUAAAGUUUUACAAAUUUACUAAUUUGCCUAGGUUACAUUUUACAAAGUUGAAGUUAAGAACCCCCCAACUUCGAACCAAAAAUGUAUCCAAGCAGACCAGUAAACCCCACCCAGCACAGAGGUUAUUGGUGGAUAAAUAUAGCGCACCACAACUGUUUCAGACGAAAAGAAAAACACAGUGAUCCAGUUGGAUUUCUGAACCCGGAGCGUCUGUUCCUUUAGGCUCAGCAGACGUGACGCUGCUAGAUGGCGACCAUGAUGAUGAUACGUUUUUUCAGUGUGAACCAACAAAAAUCUGUUUAUUCUUGUCUGAUCAUUAUGAUAGAGUGAUGGGAUAAAGAGAGGAGAAAAAAAACAGAAAAAAAUUAUUUUAGCAAUAUUUUCAUUCUUUCAGGAUAAUCUGUGUGUUUUUAGGGGGUUAAACAGGAAGUGGGUGUCGCACCAACGUUUACCUGCCACUCUUGUUUUUACUCCUGUUGCGUCCUUGAUAUUCACAUUGUCUUAAAGGUACUUUCUGUGUAAAUUUAUUUGAUGAAAAAUGAUUUUGCUUUGUAAUUAUGUUUUUUUUUUCUUGGUUUUUGUAUGAUCUUGUUCAUUUUGUGGAAAACUGAUACUGAUGCUAUUUAUUUUCUAUUUGAUCAGGAAAUGUAACCUUAUUUGAAGAUGAUGGUCAGGUUGUGUAUGUGUGCGUGCGUGCGUGCGUGCGUGCGUGUGUGUUGGUGUGUAUCCAGUGAGUGAAUCAUGAGCAGGAGAUGAGCGUAGACAGAGUGAUAGAGAACGAGAGAAAACAGUUCUCUCUUUGUUUCUUUUUCUCUCUCGCUCCUUCUCUCCUUCCUGAGGGACAGGGUUUGAAUCCGAAUGUAUCGUAAAAACAAAUCAAUUGAUUGUUUUUUUUUUACGCUUGAGACGCAGAGCUACCUGUCGGCUGCUUCGUAACCAAACAUUCAAAAACUCUUCAGACCAGCAGUUUUUCAAAACGCUCACUUCAAAUCAUGCCUGAGUCAACAAGGUUUUGAAAUCUAUUUGACUUUCAGCUCUCAGAUUGGCAUUUCAAGUUUUAUUGAGCUGUUAAUGAGUGAUUUAGCAUUUCAAGCAGCAUGAAUCUUACAACGAUGCAUUUAUGCCCCCUGCCCAAAUUUCCAGGUUUUUCUGAAUGCUUUAAGUUUGGUGGACCUGUUCUGAUGCUUUCAGGCUGCGGUCACACCUAAUUUGCCAUUGCUUCAUUGUUCCUUUCAAGCUAGAAAUUGGAACCUGAGUUAAGAUUAUUACACAUGUUCAAGUGGUUCCCACCCCUUGUGACCCCUCAGAACAAAUUAAUGUCUGCUUGUGACUCCUUGGCCUUUGUGUGGACGUGAGUUGCGAGCAGUUAAACCAAAGAAUGUUUUUCCUUCUUAAAUAGUUUGAAUUGUGGGGUUUUCAGAGGCAAAAAUACAAAAGAGCAAACAAUAUCAGAAAAAUAAAAUACUUUUGUUAAAAGAAUAGUAAAAGACCUUAACUUGUGACCUUUAUGAUUUCUCCCCCACGAUGGGAACCACUGGCAUAUGCCUUUCUUCACUAAGUACCACACUGCUGCAUAUUUUUUCCUUUCAGGAAGACUUUUUUUAGUUUUUCUCCUGUUUCUGCACACAACAGGAGCGUAGACGUAAAGUGCACAAAUUCGGAUUGGGUGUGCUCCAUGGCAGCCACAGAAAAUGCUCUGAUGGAUUAGGUGUAAUAGCGGCCUAAUACUAGUAAACACCUCAAGACCUGCAUCUGCAGACACUAUCUUGCUGGCACUCUGGGCAGGCGAGAAAAACAAAUGCUCCCAUUUGAUCAGAUUUCAAACGUUGUUUUGAUUCAGGCAAAAAAAACACUCAAAAAACACAACUGAAAAGAGACAAAACUUGACCUCGCUGUCGUAAAACUCAGCUUACUUUAUGAUUUUUGUUUUGGCUUGCUUACUCACAAACCCUCUUGAUUGUUAUUGUCAGUCGGCAGCUGACUCGGGGAGAACGGAACCCCAGCACCCACUUCUCAACUAUAUUGAUCAAUAGUCAUAUUCUUCUUUCUAGAAUUCUGUCGUACAUUCUAGAACUGCUCCAGAACAGGAAGCGAGAGAAGAGAGAGUAUUCGUAGAGAGCUCUGGUAUCGCCUCACAGACAGCCAUCAAACGCUGGUUUCAUUCACUGUCACAUUUCCUCUCUGUGGCCAUUUCCAUGUGGCGAAAUUUAAACAAAUGCUUUAAAUCAGAGGGGCGGUGUGAAUGGAUUGGAUGAAAGAAGCCAGUAAAGAUAAAAAAACAGAGGAGAAAGACAGAGGAAAGAAAAGACAUAGAGUUACGAUAGAAUGGCAAUAAGUCAGAGCAACAGUAACAGAACGAGAAUAUAAUGUUACCGAAACCUACAACCGCAUUACGUAGCAAUUUCACUGAAUUUCUAGAUUUGCACUGUCUGCCCAAUGGUCUGUGUUUGUUGUGUUGAAGAAAAACCUUAGAGAAGAUGAUUAAGACGAUGCAGAAGAAGAUGUAUAUUUUGGGGACCAACACAGCGAUGGGGGGGUUUGAAUGUAGAGAGGCUUACUACUGUACGUAACAUUACAGGGGGGUGUAGAAUGGAGAAAAAAAACUAUGUGCUAAAAAUGAAACUUCACUUUGAGAAAACA